AUGGAGGUGGACAGGAUGCUAGGGCAGAGGACCUUUAAGUCCCUCAAGUUUACUGUGCAGGUGGAGAAUGACCUGUCCGCUGAUGACAUGCUGAAGGCCCUCCAGAGAGUGUCUGAGGAAGACCACACCGACAUGGCCUGCUUCGUUUGCAUGCUGCUCAGCCACGGGGAAAAUGGGACCCUUUGGGGAACGGACAGACAGGUUCCUCUGCGAAGCUUGACCUCUGUCCUCUCUGCAAAGAGAUGCCCAAGCUUGGAGGGGAAACCCAAACUGUUCUUCAUCCAGGCUUGCAGGGGGCGCGAGUACGAUCCGGGUGUUGAAACCGUUGAGACGGACUCGGUUACCCACACGUUUGUUGCCAAAUUAAUAAAGUCUGACAGAAGAGAUUUUGUUCUCAAUGGGAAAUUCCUGGUUAAAUAA